AUGGCUUCGGUAGCCACUGACAGCACUCCUGGAGCCGUCGAGUCGAUCGCGAAGACCAACAACGCCUCUCCAUAUCCCACGUACAAUUUCAGCUUCACACCAUUCCUCCGUUCCAACGGUGUCGCUGCCCUUGCUUCAACAGUCCCAGUCUGCCCUGAAUACGCCGCGACCGGACACUGUCCGCGCGGCCGUAGAUGCGCUGACCGUCAUCCCACACCCUCUCAGCAACCUCAACAUCACUAUGGCCGCCAGAACGACAACUAUGUCUGCAAGCACUGGCUCAAGGGACUUUGCAAGAAAGGUGAUGCCUGUGACUACCUCCACGAAUACAACCUGCGAAAGAUGAGCGAAUGUCAAUUCUACAACCAGAAUGGGUAUUGCCAAAACGGAGACGAGUGCCUCUAUGUUCAUGUCAAGGAGGGUUCGAAACUACCAUUGUGCGAGGACUACAAUAAAGGUUUCUGCGAAAAGGGUCCAAGAUGCGGAAAGAGACACACGGACCGAACUGCAAAUUUGGAGUCCACCUCAGAAGUGGUGGACCAGCAGGCGACAAGGGUGGUGAAGCUCACAGGCGAGACAGGGUGGCAGAUUUAG